GUCUGUCUGCAGGUACUGGACGGAACGGAAGUGCUGCCAUCAGUCUCCAGCUGUUUCUAGGCUUGCAGAAAUUGCUCUUCCGAAGGGCUAUCAAGGAUUAGCAAGGAUACCAAGCUGCAGACACCUGCUCAGCCACAGCCUUCCGUCAUGGAGAGGAGGCUCGUAAAGCAGGAGGUGAAAAGGCUGCUGGCAGAGUAUAUUGGAAUCAGACUUCGAGAAAAUGAAUUUGAUCCAAAAGGAAGAGGUCAACUCACCUUUCUAGAUGAUAUGGCCCACUAUGACUUGGCCAUCAGUGUCGCCUGUCAGUGGCUGGAUCACUCAGAAGACUUAAGUUGGCUCCAGUGGGAGAAGGUGAGAGCGCCUCCUCGUGGCAGACCCAUGUAUCCCAACCGAAGAGAACGAGAAGCAAUGAUCCUAUCGUCCUACGCUGGAGUCUUAAUGAACAGUAUCCCAAUUGAGGAAGUCCUUAAACUUUACGGGGCCAGUCCUACUGCCAGUCCUAAUUCAACCAAGGUCUCCCAGGCCCUGCUGCCCCGCCGCUCCCUGCACCCCUUUGCCAUGCUGACAGCACCCAAGGCAGCAGAGUGCAACCGCAGACAGAGUGUCAAGCUGAAGAGAGGAGCGAUGACGAAGAGAGCUAUGGCACAGAAUGGAAACCCAGGCCUGGAAAGGCGUUCCUACACACAGCCCAAGAACAAGGUCACUUAGAGAUGUGGACUCUCGCACCAGGAAUGCAUAACCAGAGCUUCUGGGAGCAGACAGGAAGCAUUGCCUUAACACUGCUGUGGUCACCAGCGCACUAUCUGCAGUUAGCUAUUGAUGCAAACAGCACUGAUUAUCACAUUCGCCAUCGAGCUUUCUUCUUUUAGAAGCAUAUUGCAUACACUAUAUUUUGGCAAAAGGUGUAUAUCCUAUGCUACUCCAUUGUAUGCCUGAAAACUGCUGGAAUAUCCUGAGAGGGUUCACUAUUUCUGGGUAAGAUCAGACAGCCUGAUUUUGAUACAUGUUUUGGCAAAUUUGUAGCAUUAAGUAUUGCAUAGAAUGCUGGAGAAGGAGGCAGUUUUCCGAAGUUUUAACCCCAAAUAAAAUUAAUUUCUCAUUAGCAUACUAAAUGUAAAUUCAUCCCAUUUCAAUAAAGUUUGAAA